AUGGAGAAACCACAAACUUUUGUUGCGAUACCGAAAGUUCUGAAACUGGAUCCAAAGCAUUAUGGGCAUUGGAAGGUGUCGGUCAAACAGGCUAUUCAAGGUAUCAACAUGGAGGCCUGGUUUGCAGUGGAAGAUGGCUGGACCAAACCAAUGGUCAAAAAUGAUAAGGGUGAAUCGAUGGCGAAACCUCGGAAGCAGUGGACUGCUGAAGAAAAGGCUGAGGCUAAACACAACUCUCAGGCCUUGUCGGUGAUAUUCAACUCCCUGCCACUGGAUCAGUUCAACAGUGUCCAGGGCUGUGUAGAAGCGAAAAAAACUUGGGAUAUCCUCCAAGUUACCUUUGAAGGAACGAACAAUGUAAAAAGGACACGCCUGGACAAUCUGGCCUCAGAUUUCGAGAAUCUGUCCAUGGAAGAAGGAGAGACCAUUGCAAGCUACAACAGUCGUUUGAGCGCUAUCGCACAAGAAGCGUUUAUCACGGGAAAACGCUACAAGGACAAGAAGCUGGUGAAGAAAUUUUUUAGGAGCAUUCCAGACAAGUUUCAACCACAUAGAUCUGUUAUCGAUGUUUCCUUGAACUUAGAUGAGUUGAAGUUCAGUCAAGUGGUUGGGAUGAUGCAGUCGUUUGAGAUGCAACUUAAGAAAAAGGAACAUCGUGCUGAACGAUCAUUUGCUCUAAAGGCUGUUGAAACUCCGAAGAUUGCUGAGACACAGGAGGCUGCAGAUGAAGAGAAAGUUGGAUUGCUUGUUAAGAAGUUCUUCAAAAAGAUGGAGUGUGGUCAGUAUAGAGGAUCCUCAUCUGUAGUCAGAGGUGAUUCAGAGAGGGACUUUAAGAGGGGUGAUAGACAGGAGCGCCAAUGUCUGGAGUGUGAAGGAUAUGGUCACUCCAAGGCUGAAUGUCCUACUAAGGAGAGUAGAUCCAAAUCGUUUGUAGCCUGGAGUAAUAGUGACUCUGAUGAUAACGAGCAAGAGGGUGAAGUUCUCAAUAACUAUGUGGCUCUGCUGGGAGUCAUAGAAGAGGAUAAAGUAGUGGAUCAGGGUGAAAAAGAUCAAUCAGCUGUUGUGUCAGAUUUUGAAGAUGACGAGGCAGAUCUACCCCCUGAGAUACAUGUUACCCUGCUAAUCUCUAGUCUGGUUCAGAAAACUCAGGAGUAUGAUGUGCUGCUGGCGGAAAAAACAGAUUUACUGGCAAAAUUCAACUCGCUGUCAUCAGAUCUUGAAGAGGAAAGAGCUAAGUCCCAGGGAUUAGAAAAACAACUGGAAGAGCAGCUCAAAAACAUCAGAAUGCUGAGCAAAGGAACAAAGGAUCUUGACACCAUUUUGAGUAGUGGGAGGAUGGGUAAUGCUAAGUGGGGACUUGGGUUUCAAGGUAACAAUGCAUCAACUUCCACAAAAUUUGUCAAGGGUCUUGAUGCAGAAAAUAAAGAAGCUACACUCAUCCAAUCAAAGACACAAGCGGCAGUCCCGAUCAAAACCGACUCUCAUCAAGUAAGAAAAGUUCAUCCUCAAAGAAGAUUUCAGGCUUCGUACCAAGCACCCUUCAGAGCUAUGCAUGUGACUCAGUCAUUUGAUCCAUAUGGUUUGGCUGCAAAUCACUACUCACUACGUCAGGCAUUUGGACCGGCAUAUCAAGUCUCACGAAGUCGGAGGAAUGGCUGUUGGUAUUAUGGAAAUCUAAGUCACUUUAAAGCACACAACAAGGAUCUGUGA